AUGCCCGCAUCUAAGGAAUCGUUGACCUCGGUGAGGUUUCCUUGCAUAGGAGGAGAACAAAGACAAGCUAAGCAGUCCAAGGCAGGUUUUGGACGUUUCUGCACUGGCAUCUCGGGUGCUUUAGAGUUUGAAGAUGUGCAGGAGGUAAACGGCAGACAGCCCACUCAUGUAUCUCUCAAGUACACCACCAGAUUGUCCGAGGCUGGGUCCAGCGUUCCCAGUCGUGCCAGUCCACAAAUCAUCAGCCGGACCCUCCUCUUUCAGUGCUCUCAUCCACCGACGUACCCACCUGAACUCUGCAGCUUCCUGGCAACGAUAAGUUGGGAGAACCUGUACGAUACUCUCUCACCCAUGCGCCAAACCCCCGGGACCACACCUCUUUCGUUGGCUGGUCCACUCCCGUUGCUGCCCGUUCACUUCACCUCCAUACAUGCCCGUCCGUCUCUGCUCGUGUCCUGCCCGCUUCACUAA